GGGACGAAAGAAAUUAUUACCAGGAAUUGAUCCAUCAGCUAUUUUAAGCAGUAGGAAAAGAACUAGAGCUGUUGUAAAUUACAAUGAAAAUGAACAAUUGCGAUCUAGAAUACAAGCUCAAAAAGUGAAUAAAGUUCAUUCAAAAACAGAGAGUAAAAGUGUUCAUAAAUCAACUAGAAAUCGUUAUAAAAAAAGUAAAUUAACAAAUGAGGAUGAUGAUGAUGAUAAAUCCUUGUCUUCAUCUGCUUCUUCAUCUUCAGAAGAUGAUGAAGAAUAUUCACAAUCAGAAGCAGAAGAUUUUGAAGAGGAAGAAAAAAAGGAAAUCAAAUCAAAAUAUUUACCGGCAACUCAUAGACGAAUACCGAGAAAAAUACCAACAGCGAUUUCAACAAAACGUAAACCAACGACUACUACAAAACGCACUGUUCAUAGAGUAAAUCAAGUAAUGCCAGUAUUACCUUUACGGCGUGUUAAACGAUACGAUGAUGCUAAUCGAUCAGCUUAUGAAUUGGCUAGAGAACGAUUGCAUGUAUCGGCUGUACCUGAUUCAUUACCAUGUCGUGAAGAUGAAUUUAUAAAUAUUAUGGGCUAUAUUCAAAGUGCCAUAGAAGAAGCAACUGGUACAUGUGUAUAUAUUUCUGGAGUUCCUGGGACUGGCAAAACGGCAACAGUUUUAGAAGUGAUUCGAUAUUUACAGCACCAAGCAGAAGAAAAAGCUAUCCCUGAAUUUGAUUUUGUUGAAAUUAAUGGUAUGAAAUUAACAGAUCCAAAUCAAGCCUAUAGUAUUUUAUGGGAAUGUAUGGAUCCAUCUAAUAAUGACGGUAAAAAAAGGAGAUAUACUGCUUCUCAUGCAUUACAAAUGUUAGAAGCCAAAUUUUCAAGUCGCAAUGAAGAUCAGCGUACAACAGUUGUUCUGAUGGAUGAGCUUGAUCUUUUAGUUACUAAAAAACAAACCGUUAUGUAUAAUUUUUUUGAUUGGCCAAGUAGACCUUUAUCGAAAUUGAUUGUUGUUGCAGUUGCAAAUACGAUGGACUUACCCGAACGAAUUAUGAGUAACAAAAUUGCUAGUAGAAUGGGUCUAACACGUAUCAACUUUCAACCUUACAAAUAUGAUCAACUCUAUCAAAUUGUUCAGUCCCGUCUACAAGAUAUAGAUGCAUUUGCAAAAGAAGCAGUUGAAUUUGCUGCUCGUAAAGUCAGUGCAGUAAGUGGAGAUGCUCGUCGAGCACUAGAUAUUUGUAGAAGAGCAGUAGAGAUUGUAGAGAAUAGAAUAAAAGAACAAGAAGAAGAAGAAGGAGGAAAGUCAGCACCAAAGCAUGUUACCAUUGCUAUUGUAGACGAAGCAAUCAAAGAAAUGUUCUCGUCGCCUUCAGUAGCUUUCGUUCGUUCUUGCUCAUUACAUCAGAAAAUCUUUUUAAUAGCAUGUUUACAACGUUCGCGUGCAAUAGGUUUAGCUGAAAUUGAGUUUGGAGAUGUAGCCCAUUAUCAUAUACAGACGUGUAAAUGGCAUAAUAUUGAGCCACCUAAUACUAGCGAUUUGAUGCGUGUAUGUGAAUCAUUAGGUCAAGCAAGGGCUUUACUAAUGGAAGGUGGUAGAAUGGAUAUUUAUAUGCGUAUUUCGCUGAAUUUAAUAGAAGAAGAUAUUGUGAUGGCUUGUAAGACAGAUAAAAUCAUCAGUCGUUUGUUAAAGAAUUUACUAGAUAAAUAAAUGUAGAAUCAUUUUUUUUACCCUC